AUGCUAACCUGGCUAGAACGAUGGGGAUUAGGUGCAGUUUGUCGUGACUCCGAUGGCUACCUGGUGGCUGCUGCGACGUGGGAACUCCCAGGUUGUCUUGAUCCUUCCCUGGCUGAGGCGUGCGUGCUCUACAAAGCGACUUGGCUAGCGAUUGAGUGCUGCUUUCAGGAGGUGGUCUUUGAGAGUGAUAAUAGCAAAAUAAUUUCUCUCAUGAAUAGUGUUCGUGAAAUCCCUAGAUCCUAUUUGGGGAAUUUCAUUAGGGGUAUUAAGUGUAAUAAAGAUUACUUUAGGGGUUGUAAUUUUGUGCAUAUUAAAAGGGAAGCCAACAAGGCAACCCAUCUUUUAGCUUCUCUAGCCCCCUCAAAGCCCAAUAAGGUGUGGCUAGAAGAAUAUCCUUCUCCUAUUGUACAUAUUUUGACAUCUGAUUUGAAGCAAUAA